CGGAUCAUCUUAAAAACAAAACGACAAAUGUCAAAAUGGACGGUAAAAAAAAGUUGGACGUGACAUCUACUGUCAAUGUCAUAAAGGGCCGAGUGGUAGAUUGCCAGUGAAGUAGCUUACAGUUGAAUAUCGUCAUCAUUAGCCUACUAUUAGAUUCGUCAAUAUGAAUUACUUAUUGGCGACUGUUUUCAUAAUAAAAAUUAUUCAUUCCACCGUGGGCAUUGAUUAUGAUGGGUGGCUGAAUAUAAAGAUCGAACAUUCUCUCAAUUGUGGUAGUGAAAAGUAUUGUAAACGGGGAAAUAUUUCCCUGAAGAGUAUUAGAGCUGGAACAUCUGUAAUUGAUCAAAUAACAUUUGGGAGACAACAUAUUGAUGAGCUUAGGGAAUUAGCUGAUGUAGACGGAUUUUACACUCUUAAGACUACAUGCACCUCAGCUGACAACAAAGACACAGAGUUUCUGUCUUCUGUAAAAGCACAAGCCAUUCUUGACAGCGGCCUCUCAGAUGUAAUCAAUGCUUGGGUUCUGCCUAAUGGAGCCAUAAUGGCAGUUAGUUUCCAGGUGGAUAAUGCUUCACAACCACUGGUUUAUGGAAGCAAUAAUUACAAAAUACAUUCAAAUUUUUACCUCCGAUAUGUUGAACAAGCUCCAGUGCCUGAUACAGCUUCUUAUAUACAAAAACUUGAGCGUGAACGAGAAGCAAGAGAAAAAGGAGAAGUAAAGGAUAAUAGGUCAUUCCUAGCCAAAUAUUGGAUGUACAUAGUGCCAGUUGCAAUUUUUGUGAUGAUAUCAGGAGCAACAAACCCAGAACAAGCACCACAAGGGGCAAGAUAAAAAUAAUAAUAUUCAUAGUGUUACAAAAACAUACACUGAUGUAGUAGAUAAUUUAAUCAAAAUUAAAGGCUAUUGUACCAAAAA